AAAUAGGAGAAUAUAUCCCUCUCAUUUACGUACAAAGAAGAUGCUCCUUUCGAUUUCGAGCUUGAAUAUAUAUAUAUAAAAAAAGAUAUAUUUUUUAAAUUAAUUUUGUGCAUUUUAUUAAUCGAGCUUCCAUGCGGACAUCGAAAAAACAAAGAUGUUUGCCACAGGGCUCUAGCUAGUUCCCCAGUGCCACUGCUUCUUUUUAUCUUUCACCAGAUCACUCUCUUUUCUGUUUCAGCCUUUUAUCUUUCCCGCUCUCUCCAUUUUCUUUCUUGCUUUCACUCUCUGAUUCUUGUGCUUUUUUCAUGCAAGUUGCUCUUCCACCUCUCUGAACUUCUAAUUCUCUUCUUCAAAUUUCUUGUACUGAUUUUUGUCUGAAAUUUACCUUAAAAACUUACAAUCACUACAAUUCUCUUAGCAUAUACAAUUUUCAAGAAAAUAAAAAGACAUGAAUAAUAGAUUCCGACAACCUCCACAGCCCAAAAAAUUUCCUUUGAAUCCUCAAAAAGAGAAGAAGAUGGAAAUACAGCAAAUCAAAUUCUUGUCUGCAGAGAAGCCUAGAGUUAAUCGACGUCAAGCAGCUAAAGAGAGAAAAUUAGCCUUGCUUCAAGAUGUUGAUAAGCUAAAGAAGAAGCUGAGGCAGGAAGAAAAUGUUCACAGAGCUUUGGAAAGAGCUUUCUACAGACCUUUAGGAACUCUACCUCGUCUUCCUCCUUAUCUUCCCAAAUAUACAUUGGAGCUUCUUGCUGAGGUAGCUGUUUUGGAAGAAGAGGUGGUCCGGCUUGAGGUACAGGUUGUUAAUUAUAGACAAGGUCUCUAUCAAGAAGCAGUUUCCACAUGUUCAAUGAGAAAUGUGGACGAUAACCAUUUGCCUGAUUCGUGCCCUCAGUUACCGGGUAAAGGUCUUAAGCAAAGGCAUUCAAGAUCAUUGUCCAUGAGUGAAGUCAAUCUUGGGUCAUCCGUGCCACAGUUUUCUCCUUCGCUAGAUAGGAGUGCUUCAAGUAGAAAGUUUUUUCUAAAAGAAUCAGUCUUUGAUAGCUCAAGAAUUAGCUAUGAUGUAACAUCAAAUACUAGACACGCUGUUAUGAAGAGUUGCAAUGACUCAUUGACAGAUGGCCUAGGAAAAGAUAAUCACUCGGCUGAUACUUGCACUAAGGAUAAGCCAUCUCCACAGAAGCAAGUCAACACGAUAAAGACCUCGCUAAAAAGGCCUCCAGUUAAGCCUGAAUCAAUCAGCAAAAUAGCUGUUCAGUGCAGGGUAGUAGAACAGGCACAAGAGAGCUAUUUGGCUUCUUCAGAUGACGGGGCAUUGGAAGCUGAAAGUGCAGCAAACAAAAUCUCAGAAGACAUUUUAAAGUGCUUAUGUAGCAUCUUAUUAAGGUUAAGCACAUCUAAAGGGAAGAUAGCAAAUCCAGAAUCUUUCCGCUCUUUAGGAGCAAAAGUCUUCAAUGAGAGCAAUGGGGAAAGGGAGUUGCAAGAUCCAUAUUGCAUCUGUUCAGAAUUAAGGAAGCAAGAUAUUGGCGAAUACAAAUAUAUGCUCAAUAUAGAUGCUAACUCUCUUAAUAUAAACCGGAAAAUGAAUGCUUCCUUUCUGAUUCACAGACUAAAGAUUCUCUUUGGCAAGCUAUCAUCUGUGAAAUUAGAGGGUUUAACACAUCAGCAGAAGCUAGCAUUCUGGAUAAACACAUACAAUUCCUGUGUGAUGAAUGCAUUUAUAGAGCAUGGUAUUCCAGAGACUGCUGAACAAGUCGUAUCACUAAUGCAAAAGGCAACAAUUAACGUGGGAGGGCAUUUUCUAAAUGCAAUCAUGAUUGAGCACUUUAUCUUGAGGCUACCUUAUCACUUAAAAUAUACCUGUUCAAAGUCAACAAAAGACAAUGAGCUGAAGGUUCGAAGUGUUUUUGGCUUGGAGUGGUCUGAACCUCUUGUCACAUUUGCACUCUCCUGUGGAAGUUGGUCCUCCCCUGCAGUGAGGGUGUACACUGCAUCACAAGUUGAGACUCAGUUGGAAACAGCAAAAAGAGAUUAUUUACAAGCAGCAGUUGGUAUUUCAUCAACAAAUAAGCUCAUUAUCCCCAAGUUGUUGGAUUGGUAUCUUCUUGAUUUUGCAAAGGACUUGGAUGCAUUGCUCGAUUGGGUGUGCCUGCAGCUACCAGAUGAACUUAGAAAUCAAACUAUGAAAUGCCUCGAGAGACGAGGAAGAGAACCUCUUUCACUACAAGUACAAGUAAUGCCAUACAAUUUCAGCUUCAGGUACCUCAUACACCGAUAAAAUACAGCUUCCACAAGUUCCAGCGUUGUGGACAAAUCUAUACUAGCACAAAAGACAAAGUACCUAGAACAGGAACUGUACGAGAAGCAUAACAUUUCCGAGGGAAGUGUUUAUGGAACAAGUGAUGGUUGUUGAAAAUGUUCUAGACAACAACAUAGGAUUGUAGCAAAUUCAGUUUACGAAAUUCUUUGUAUCCCCUAGACACCCAGAGUUAAUAAACUCAACGAGAUCAUUACCUCGAGAGUAAACAAAUAUGUUGCUUGCUGAAACAGGAUGUGGAAUCAGAGUAAAUGUAAUGUGAUUACUUGUAGAGUUGUAUUCUGCAGCCAAGGUAGUGUCUCAUUCGAGUACACUAUUUUGGGCAGUGCAAUUGUAUAUUACUGUCUCAAUUUGUUUUAAGUCAACUUGUUCUUUGAUUCUACAAGUUUUCAAAUAUUUUACAACAAAAUUUGUUCA